CUCCCUCUCCCCUCAUCCGUGAACAAGACUGAGAUACUUAAACUCCUGCACUUGGAGCAGCAAUUUUCCUUUUGAUUAUUCAUUUUUAUAACAUCUGCAAAAUUAGUAAACUGUCAAAACAACGCCCGAUCUAGAACAGGUCACCUACUAGUCGGAAUGUGGGAAAUUUGAUCCCUGUGGUACUGAGCGGAUGCGGAAGCUCCAGACAGAAACGCCUGUUCAGGACCAGAAGAGAAGUCCCUGUCGGUAUAAUGGCAUCAUCAACUCCUCUGUCCAAGGCCAACACCUCCUUCUCUCUGGAGCUGCUCAAACAGCUGAGUGAGGACAACCAGAGCGGAAACAUCUUUUGCUCUCCGUUCAGCAUCUCUUCAGCUCUGGCUAUGGUGAUGCUGGGGGCCAGAGGCAACACAGCCACACAGAUGUCAGAGUGCCUGAAAACCCAGAAUUGUCAGGAUGACGUUCACAGUAGCUUUGCCCAACUUCUGAGUGAAUUCAACAAACCAGGCGCACCAUUUGCCCUCAGUGUUGCUAACAGACUGUACGGAGAGCAGUCCUACCAGUUUGUUGAGGACUUCUUCAAACAAAUCAGGAAACAUUACAAAGCAGAGCUGGAGCCUGUGGACUUCAUAACCAGGUCUGAGGAAGUCAGGAUCAAUAUCAACCACUGGGUGGAGAAACAGACUCAAGGUAAAAUCAAAGAUAUGGUUGGAGAAACUGUGCUGAGUGAACUGACCCGGCUGGUGCUGGUCAAUGCCAUCUACUUCAAAGGCACCUGGAAUGAACCAUUCCUGAGGAUUGAAACUCAUGAUGCUGAGUUUAGACUCAACAAGAGAGAAACAAAACCAGUGAAGAUGAUGGUACAGAAAACUGACUUUCCCUUUGUGUUCAUUCAGGAUGUAAAUUGCAAGAUUUUAGAGAUGCCUUACAAAGGGAAGAAGCUGAGUAUGCUCAUCUUCUUACCUACAGAGAUAGAGGAUGAUACAACAGGUCUGGAGAAGCUGGAGAAGGCGCUGACCUAUGAGAAGUUUGUGGCUUGGACUCAUCCAGACAAGAUGAAAGAACAUGAAGUUGAAGUGAGGCUGCCUCGAUUUACAAUGGAGGAGACGUAUGACCUGAACACAGUGCUGCAGAGAAUGGGCAUGGUGGACGCCUUUGAUGAUGCAAAGUGUGAUUUCUCUGGCAUGUCUGAGUGCAAAGAUCUGGUACUUUCAAAAGUUACCCACAAGGCUUUUGUGGAGGUGAACGAGGAGGGAACUGAGGCUGCUGCUGCAACUACUUGCUAUGCGCAGUGUAUGUGUGGCAAUUUAAAUUUAAAAUACUUCACAGCAGACCACCCCUUCCUCUUCUUCAUCAGACAUAACAGCACCAUGAGCAUCCUCUUUGCUGGCCGGUUCUGCUGCCCCGUGUGAGCUUUGUGCUCUUUAGAGCAGUGAGACAGUAAAAGGCUACAGGUUCACUUCAAGAAGCUUCACAAUCACCGCUCUAUACACGCAGCACCUCUGCAUCUUUGCACUAUGAGUCUUUGCUUUUGUCAUGAAUAACUGCCAGUAGAGAAGCUUUAUGAUUCUGGGAGAGAGCAACAAGCUAAAAAAAAAAAUAAUAAUAAUAAUUUAAAGCAUGUUUGUUUCUUUUGUGUCUUUUUCUGCUUGCUUUCAUAGAAGUUAUACAGCUGUUUAUCAUUUGACAAAUAUCUUAAAUUUCCUGUGAAGAAUUUAUCAGUAACCUGUGUAGGCUUUUGAAAAUGCUAUUUUGUUUUGUUUUGUCCGGUUGUUUCAAUGGUUUUAAGAUAAAUUUAGCUGUUCUAUAGA